GGAUUGCUGGAGGUGCCUGCAAAGAAUAACACCGCGCCGCGGGCGGAGAGACUUUGGCUGGAUGCUGAUGGACAUCCUCCUGUGAGACACAAUUGUGAACAUGUCAAGCCUUGCAAGUCUUUCCUGGUAUUCCAGCAUCUCCAGGACUUGAGCUCCUGUGGUUGACAGGGAGCACAGCACUUCAGAGUUACCUAGAAUUGCCGGGAGAGCUCAGUGCUGACGCCACUGGGAGAAGAUGCAGCUUUCUGCAAAGCUGCAACUUCUGCCAUGACACCCCUGGAACAAGCAUUACACCCCUGGCAACAAGCAUGACCUCAAGAGUAUUAAACCCCUGGCAAUGAGCAUGACCCCCUUAACAAUGAGUAUGACACCCCUAGCACCGAGCAUUACACCCCUGGCAACGAGCAUGACACCCAGAGCAUGAAUCCCCUGGCAAAGAGCAUGGAACCCAGAGCAUGAAACCCCUGGCAACGAGCAUGGAACCCAGAGCAUGAAACCCCUGGCAACAAGCAAGGAACCCAGCGCAUGAAACCUCUGCCAAUGAGCAUGGAACCCAGAGUAUGAAAUCCCUGGCACCGAGCAUGAAACUCAGAGCAUGAAACCCCUUGCAAUGAGCAUGGAACCCAGAGCAUGAAACCCCUGGCAAUGAGCAUAGAACCCAGAGCAUGAAACUCUUGGCAAUGAGCAGAUGAUGGACCCAGCCUUGACAGAAAUGGGGAAAAAUCUUAAUGAAGCAAUGAAGAUGCUAGAAGAAGGCCAGAGGUCAGCAGAAGAGGAAAAGGACACAAGGAAAGAUAUCCCUGGACCUCUUCAGGGAAGUGGUCAGAACAUGGUGAGCAUUCUGCAGCUGGUGCAGACCCUCAUGUAUGAAGAUGAAGAAGAGGAUCCACAGUCCUAUCGUAGGAUUCAAAAUGUUGGAGAACAGGGUAACAUGGCACUGCUGGGACAUAGUCUAGCAGCAUAUAUCUCCGUGCUGGACAAAGACAGACUCCGAAAACUGACCACUAGGAUUUUAUCAGAUACCACUCUGUGGCUCUGCAGACUGUUCAGAUAUGAAAAUGGUACUGCCUAUUACCAUGAGGAUGAUCGGGAGGGUCUUCUGAAAGUGUGUAGACUUAUCAUCCACUCUCGCUAUGACGACUAUACCACGGAAGGAUUUAAUGUUCUCUUUAACAAACAGCCCGUCAUUUAUAUGAGUGCAGCUUCUAGGCCUGGACUAGGCCAGUACCUCUGUAACCAGCUUGGACUUCCUCUGUCAUGCUUGUGUCGCGUGCCUUGCAAUACAAUGUUUGGAUCGCCGCAUCAGAUGGAUGUAGCCUUACUGGAUCGGCUUCUAAAAGAUGACAUCCAGUCUGGAAAGCUGCCUCUCCUCCUGGUGGCCAAUGCUGGUACUCCGGGAGCAGGGCACACUGACAAGCUGGGGAGACUAAAAGAGCUGUGUGACCAGUACAGUAUAUGGCUGCAUGUAGAGGGAGUAAAUUUGGCAACCUUGGCGCUCGGUCAUGUCAGUACUUCAGUGCUGGCUGCAACAAAGUGUGACAGUAUGACACUGACACUUGGACCAUGGCUGGGCCUACCAGCAGUUCCUGCUGUUACCUUAUAUCGACAUGAGGAUCCAUCUUUGUCCCUUGCUGCCGGCCUCACUACAAGUCAGCCUGUGGAGAAGCUCCGAGCUCUGCCACUGUGGUUGUCUCUGCAAUAUCUUGGUCAUAAUGGAAUUGUUGAGCGGAUAAAACAUACAUCUCAACUGAGUCGAAGGCUGCUGGAAAAUUUAAAGAAUUUGAGUUCCAUCAAAACUUCGGUUGAGCAUGAUGAAAGAUCGCCAGUUGUGGUAUUCAAAUUCCUUCAUGAAGGUUCAAAAUCAGAUUCCACAUUGAACUUGAGCACCAUUGAGAGGGAGAGUGACGCUAUGAAUCAAUGGCUUGGAGAACAGCUGGCUAUACUUAUUCCAUCCUGUGGGGUGGACACAGUGGAACUGGAAGAUGAAGGCACGUGUGUGCGCUUUAAUCCCCUGAUGACUUCUGCAGUUCUAGGCACAACAGCGGAGGACGUCGAUCAGUUGGUGGAAUGUAUACGCUUGAAGACCCCUGCUAUUCAGAAUACACUGCAGCUGAAAGAAGAGUUCAGACUAGAAGUGGAAAGGAUAGCUGGACUGUCCUAUAUUGUCGACUACAGCUGGGCUGGACUUGGUGUUCUAAGGUAUGAGCAUGUGAGUGAGGAACUGGAUGUUGGCAAACGAGAAGCAGAACGUGAGAAGAUUAAUGCUUCCCUGCUGAAGAAGCUAAAUGAAUUGGAGUCCGAUCUCUCAUUCUCUUCCGGGCCUGAGUUUGGAGCUGAGAAAAACUGCAUUUACAUUGGUAUGGCAACUGAAGACUUGGAUGUCUCUGAGUUGGUAGAAACCAUUGCAACGAUGGGCCGAGACAUAGAGGAAAACACAAAGCUGCUUGAAAACAUGACUGAAGUAGUCAGAAAAGGCAUUUUGGAAGCUGAAGUACAGCUGCUAAAGGCUAAUGAUGAGCGACUGCUAGAGGAGGGUGUGUUACGGCAGAUCCCUCUGUUUGGGUCAGUGCUCAAUUGGCUUUCUCCUGUUCAAGCUACACCAAAGGGCAGAACAUUUAACUUAACAGCAGGGUCACUAGAAUCAACAGAAACAACAUAUGUGUCCAAAGCACAAACUGGAACAAGUCCUCCCCCAACUCCAACCUCAGGAUAUGCAAAGAGGCAUCCAGGUCAGAAGUUGUUUAAAAGGCUAUCCAGAAACUCUGAUGCAAUAAGCGAGACCAGCUCAAUAAGUCACUUGGAGGAAGUAGAAAAUCUGGAGGCUGCCCCUACACCAGAACCACAGUCCCCUUCUAGCCCCAGCGAACCAUUCACCCUGUCCAGCGCAUCUCAAAGUGACGAAUCCCAGGAGCCUGAUCCGUUGGACAUUAAGACAGUGGAGUCUGAAAGUCUAAGAUAAAACAGUUUGUGUUUUGUUACUGAAUACUUAACCAGAGAUGAACUCUUUAGGUGUAAGGGUGUUAACUGAUUUGAAAUGUGAACCGUGCCAUGCAAUCUUACAGUAGCAACUACUGUACUAAAUUAUUAACUUAUGUGCACAAAUAACACAAAUGAAAUAUCCGCUUAUUUUGCAGAGAGAGGUCAGCAUCUAUUGCUUCUACAAAUGGGAACUACUUUUACUGCACAUCUUGUAAUGUCAAGAGUUAGAUUUUAGGAUCAAUCAUUUUACUUUGUAAUUAUAAUUUUUGUUCAAGUUAUUACUCUUCAUAUGAAACCUUCAUUUAAAUAUUGGCGGUUACUUUCAAUUAAACGGUCAGUAGUUCUGCACUUUGCAUUCUAAGUCUUGUUAUUUGCACAGUUUGUGUAUUUUAAUGAUCUACUUAGUUAUCCACCUUGCCAGGGUUUUACUGUAGGUCCAGAGAUGUAGGGUUUCUGGCAAUAGGUUAAUCUUGUCUGUGUACAUAACUAAGAUUAAUUGAAGAAUCCUAAAACCUCUUUUUAUUGAUUAUUUGUAGCUAAUCUGCCAGUACUGUAUAAUGAAAAUGCACUAUUAUUUAAUAUUUAGAAUGGUCAACCUGCAGGUAUCCAUCCAGAUGUUCCAUGUAGCUUGCCAGUAUAAUGUUCACACUCCUGGCAAGGUUUGGAGUAAUGCGUUGGCUUUAUCAUAACUUGUGUGUGGUGUUUCCUGCAAGUGACACACACACAAAGGAAACCGACUUACUUGUUCUAAUGACUAAAAAUAAAAUCUAGUAAUUUUAUUAAUGAAUGUUUAGAAAGAGAUGAGCACCACGUUAGAUGCACACUGAAUUUCUGUUGAUCAUCUAUGUAGUCUUCAAUUCAUUCCACUGAAACCCACAGGCCUGUGACUAGAUAUUGGUGGCAAACUGAACAUAGAGCGUGAUGGUGCAUUGUGGGGCAAAGUGCGAACACAGACUAAAUAAAUACUUUCUUUCUUAAUAUUAACACUGCAUUUUCAAGUUGAUCACACAUUUUCUUUGCACUGAAACUAAAAGGUUUGUAAUUAAAUGGAUCUAGGUGCCCUGCAGAUGACGUAUUUCUACUGUUCCUUAAAGGACCACUAAACUUCACAUUUUAUCUAAUAUAAAAGAGUUCCUAACAGAAUAUUCAUAUUUCUAAAGCUUAGAGUGGUAUAUAGUUCAGGUGUGAUGAUGAGAACAUGUUCCAGUCUUCACAUCGACUGGAGGAUGUACAAUAGUGUGUGCCUGAGAUGAGUGAUAACAGCAGCAUAUACUCAACAUGGUACAUGGAAAUACAGUGUCAAACAAUGUAUGUGUGUAUGUUGUUUGUAGCUCUUCUAUAUAGCACGAUGUGUACGGUGGUCCUUCAAUGAAGUGUUGGGAAUCGCAAGCAGACAUGCAUUGCAUCUAGCACUGGAAUUUAUGGAGUAAAGUGCUAAUAAAGAGUCUUCCUCCUUCGGGUCGUUUUACUGGUUGUUGGUGCAAUGAAGUCUACGUUAAUUUACUCUCGGGGCAUGGGGCGGAAAUCAAUUUCAGUCUAUAUAAAAAGAAUAAUAAUUUUUACUGUUUUUAUAAAUAUAUAUAUUUCAGAUUGUGGAUUACAGUUUACCUUUGUUUGUUGAAUUAAACUGUGUAUAAAUAUACCUGUUGGAAUAAAGUCAACAUUUUCAUCUG